CCAGUCACACACAUGCCCUCAGCCCGCGGAGAGGAGAUUAACAUCGCGGAGCCCACGUUUGCAAUAGCGGGUGGUGCUGGGGGGAGGCGAGGGGAAAAUAAAAUAAAAGCAGCAGUCGGGUAAAUGCUCGUCUCUUCUCGCCACCAGCACCUUGCACAGUGAACUGGAAGAUGGAGAUGGAUGUUAAGGGAGUUUCUCCGUGCCAGGAGCCCAUCCCCCCGGCGGCGGGGUCUGGCGGCUGCCCGCACCAGCGCCCGCACCACCGCGAUGGGCAGCCCGCGGAGCCGGCCCCCGCCACCGACAGCGGCCACCCGGAGCGGAGGCACGGCAGCGAGAAAGAGGACAAAAAGAGAACUACAGCCAACAAGACUUCUGGUGCUCCUUCCUACAGCAGAUGGUCAAGUUCACAGCCCCAUCAGUCCAGCUCCACAGUGAGAACGUACCAAAACAGUAAAUCGAGAGUGACCAUGAGCCCUGGCUUUAGCUCCCAGUGGAAUAGCAGCCAACCUGCUUGGAAUACAUACACCUUUCCAAGAGCAAGCUUGCACUACCAGUCUCAUGCUAGCUACACCUACUGUGCUGGACAUCCUGCUCAGUCCUAUGCACCAGCUCCCCACCCCAUGGCUCCUCCCAGCCCCAGCACAAACAGCAGCAACAACAGCAGCAACAACAGCAGUGGAGAGCAGUUGAGUAAAACCAACCUGUACAUUCGAGGCCUUCCACCCGGCACCACUGAUCAGGACCUUAUCAAGCUGUGCCAGCCGUAUGGGAAAAUUGUAUCCACAAAGGCAAUUCUUGACAAAAACACAAAUCAGUGCAAAGGUUACGGCUUUGUAGAUUUUGACAGUCCAGCAGCAGCACAGAAAGCAGUAGCAUCUCUGAAAGCAAAUGGCGUGCAGGCGCAGAUGGCAAAGCAACAAGAGCAAGAUCCCACAAAUCUAUACAUCUCAAAUUUACCCGUUUCCAUGGAUGAGCAGGAACUGGAGAAUAUGCUGAAACCCUUUGGACAUGUCAUUUCCACCAGAAUAUUAAGAGAUGCUAAUGGAGUCAGCAGAGGAGUCGGCUUUGCCAGGAUGGAGUCUACAGAAAAAUGUGAAGUAGUAAUUCAACAUUUUAAUGGGAAAUAUCUGAAAACCCCACCCGGUCUACCAGCCCCCACUGAGCCUUUGCUGUGCAAAUUUGCUGAUGGAGGGCAAAAGAAGCGCCAGAAUCAAAGCAAAUAUACACAGAAUGGAAGGCCUUGGCCCAGAGAAGGAGAGGCUGGCAUGGCUUUGACUUAUGAUCCAACAGCUGCUAUACAGAAUGGAUUUUAUUCCUCACCGUACAGUAUUCCAACAAACCGCAUGAUUCCACAGACAUCAAUCACGCCAUUCAUUGCUGCUUCCCCUGUCUCUACAUAUCAGGUCCAGAGUACUUCAUGGAUGCCUCAUCCGCCAUAUGUUAUGCAACCAACAGGUGCUGUGAUAACGCCGACAAUGGACCACACUAUGUCAAUGCAGCCCGCAAGUAUGAUGGGCCCUCUGACCCAACAGAUGAACCACCUUUCCUUGGGCACAACGGGAACUUACAUGACUGCUGCUGCACCUAUGCAAGGGACCUACAUUCCCCAGUACACUCCUGUGCCUCCAACAGCUGUCCCUAUUGAAGGUGUUGUUGCUGAUACUUCUCCACAGACAGUAGCAUCUUCAUCACAGGAAGCCAGUGGUCAACAGCAACAGAUGACAGUGGAAACAUCCAGUGAACAUGCGCCUGCAUAUUCUUACCAACAAUCUAAGCAACGAAGGAGAGGCAAUGUACUCAGAAUGAACUGGGUGGUAUAAGGACUCUGUACUCUCUUUACAGUAAACAGGACUGAAGAAUGUCGGUCUGAAAUCUUUGCCUUGAAUGGAGAGACUUCGCUGAACAAGAAGUUGGCUUCCAGUUUGCACAGGCGUCAAAUGAAUGCUUUUUUUUUUCUACCUUUCCCAACGAAAACAAAACAGUGUUUUUAUGUGCUGUGCAAAUGGUUCCGUCAUGUAGUCUUUUUUUUUUUGACUUCUUUUUUUUUUUUUUUUUUACUAAAGAAAGAACCCAGAGGAAAACCUCUGGUCAACAUUUCAUCUGGACAAACAUUUGAAUUCAGAAUUUACCUGGAAGUGUAGCUAGAUUUAUUUUUGUUUUGUUUUGUUUUUUUAAACAGAAAAACUGAUGAUGUCAAGAGGGAGCAAGUUGUGAUGAAAACUAAUUGUCUUCCUCAAAAAUUAAGCUACUCUUUUUCUCUUGUUUUCUUUUCCUUCUUGUUUUAAAUCUAGAGUGGGGUUUUUUUGUUUGUUUUCGAUUUUUUUUUGUUUUUUUUAAAUAAAUGUUUAGGUAAGGUUUAUCUUGAAUCUUAAUUGCCUUAAUUUUAAGGACGUCAAAGGCUCUCAAGGCAAGCUGUCAACGUCUUGUUAGAAAAACUGAGAAGGAAAUGAAACUGCUCACACCGGUGCUGGUGCAGAAGUUUAAUAGACUGAGUUUUUGGAGUGAACAAAAAAUAAACUGUACAGUUUAAAAGAAAAUGAUUUUCUUCUUUUGAAGAAAAGUUGAUGAUAAAGGAACUGUGGCAACUGAAAGGAUUGGAAAAAUGCUGGGACUUUUAUGAACUUUGUCUUAAGUGUUGACAGAAAAAAAAUUCUAGAAGGCUAAGGCAUUUUACAGUAAAGUUAUUGAAUUGAGAAAAAAACAUACUGCAUUAUAGAGAAUGCAGGGUUUUUUUCUUGCAGAAUGCAGAUUUUUUUAUUUACAAAGCGUGAUCGCUAGCAAAAGCAUUAGUGCUUUUUAUCUGCAGUCUUUUUUAUGAGCUUUAAGAAGUUUUUAGUCUGCUUUGCUUGUCACAUUGCAAAAACCUAGCUUAAGAGCAUUAAAAAAACUUAAGUAGAUAGGAGCUUAUGGUCAAAAAAAGUGCAAAAAAAGCAAUAGAUAGAAGAAAUUGUUGACAAUUUCUGUAGUCUUUCCUAGUUGUGAACAAAUGCAGCCUAUGGAUGGCCUAUUUUAUACCAAAGAUGAAGUGACACCCUAACGCAGUCCAGAAGAUAGAGAUUUUUUUUUCUUUUUUUAUCUUUAUUUGACCUACAUGGCCGGACCAGUUCUUACUUUCUUGUUUGUUUAAACUAUCUUCCACUGGUGUUUUUACAUACUGCAUAUGUUUAUAAUGGAAAUUUCGGAAUAGUUGGGGUUAGAAGCUCGUUAAUGGUGUGCUUUGGAGAACAUCCCAAAGCAAGGGGAAGUAGGUUGCCAACUAAUCUGUCCAGGUGGGCUUUAAUUUUGAUGAGUUUUUCUGUUACAUUGCCUGAUCUUUGGUAUUUCUACUGAAACAAAGAGUCUUCCUUCUGAAUUCUGACAUACUGCAGAUUCAUUUCUUCACCUCAGUCUUUGUCAUCGUCCAGCAUGCAUAGCCACCUUAAUUCUGUGUUUGUUUUUCAGUGAUGCAUUUGAAUUGCCAGAUAGAGGCAAGCAAAAGCAAACCUGAUCCUUGAUCUCAUUUUAGCUCUCCCUUACAAGAAUAAAUGUUGAAAAUAAUGUAGUAUUGUUAUGCAGACAGGAAGUUAAAAAUUAUUCUUCUCUGCUAUUAUUUCUGCUGUCUUAAUAUGUUGGCUGACAAUCACUAAUGUAUGAUUAGGCAAAAAAAGACACUAAAUGGAAUCCACUGAAACCUGUUUUAGGAAUGACAGUUAUUUUCCAUAGAGAAAUCUUGGUUAUGGCCCUCACUUUUUCCAAACAGAUGAACGAAAAAGUUGAGAAGCAAGUCAAAAGAUGUUUUUUUCCCUUAAGGAGACAGAAGAGAAGCAGCAUUCAAAUGUAUGCAUACAUACACAUACAUCUACAUGUAAAAAUUAAACCAAGCUGUUUUCAAUCUUCCUUCUACCAGAAGAGAGGGGAAGCUUCAUCACAUUUAUUGUGGUGCAUUAGAGACAGGGUAUCCAUUAAAAAUAAUAAAAUUAAAACAUAUAUAUUGGAUCAAUCUGAUUCAGCUACCCAAUUCUAAAAAGAGAUCUGUGUUGCCCUAACCUGACUUUUUUGGGAAAAAGAACACAAUAUUUUUUUAAAUUGAUAAAACAAGAUCAUAUUUUUUAACAUGGGGGGAGGGAAGGGGUUUCCCAAGUAAAUGGCUGCUAGAUAUGCAACAUAGAAAAGAGAGAAAUGGGGGUUCACAUGGUUCUCCACCAGAGGAAGAGGGCCUGAUUUUCAGAAGUGGUAAAACUUUUGCUUUCUCCAGAGUAGUUGUUGAUAUUCAACACUUCUGAAAACCAGACGAUGCCAAAGUAAAAGAACAACAAAAUCCGCAAUUCAGAAAAGAAAAAAAAUCCUUCUGUUUCACAUGCUGUCUCAUUACUCUUGUUUCCUUUUGAGAGUGGCACUUGAAUUUUGUCUUUGGAUAAAGGUUCCCUCUUUCUUUGGAGGGCAUAUGAGGAAAAAAAAAAAAAAAUCGAUCUAGCCUUAUUUUCUUCCUUCCUACAUGUAUUCUUUUUUUGUCUGUCUCUGAAUUCUUUGUACAAAAAUAUAACCGCACUCACAAGUCAGUUAAAUAUGUAAUAAAUACAUUUGUUUCUGUGUUAGUUCUAAUGUGACACACAAAGUCUCAUUUACUAUCAACAAUGAGGCUACAAGGUAGCUACCAUGUGGCUGAUGAAUAUGCUGAGGUACCUUCUUGUUUCUAUUCAGAACUCUGCUGCUUUAUUUAUACAUUCAGAAACUUUUUUCUUAUUUUUUCAGCAAAGUUAAACGAUCUCAAGUGUUUUUUAUUAAACUCAACAGGCAUCACAGUAACAUGAUGCCUGCCACUUUAAAGUGUUUCAAGUGCAUUCUGUAUUAGAACUGUUCCCUUAUUUUUCCAUGCUAUAAUGUUCAAUAGUGUUUGAAAUAAAAAGAAACAAAGCAAAGAAGUAGAGGAAGAAGAGAAGGAAAGAAAAUGGAUCCCUUAAAUACAGCUGAUCAUAUUACUGAUCCCAAAAAAAACAGUGAGCUGGUACUUGAAAUUCCUUGAAUUGUAAACAAUGUGGACCUUGAAUAUAAACAGUCAUAGAUUAUAAGGUAAGAAAAAAACUUAUUUGGAACAUACAAAAUGAUCAGAAAGUGGUAACUUAUUUGUAAAAUAAGAAGAUGAGGGAAAAGAGAACAGUAGAAAAGCAACACACAUUCUGCAUGGAUGUUGUUGUAGGAGAGGAAUACUUGUGGCCUCUGAAAUCUGAAACUGGUUUUCUUUGUGUUCUGGAUAAUAAGAUUUUUUGGAAGAUUUUAUUAUUAUCUGUUUGAAUUUCUGUUUUCCUUUUUUUUUUUUUUUCUUUUUUUUGUGGAGACCUGAAUUUGUAAAGUCAAUAUCUGUCUGUCUUACCAAUUUAGCUUUAAAUAUCAGGAGGGUUCCUGAAAGGUUGCAGAAACAACUGUAGAAGUCUAAGGCAAUGGUGCCUGGCCCAGAGGUCUAGAAGUAACAUUAAAUCCGUAAGCUGAACUGCGUAGUUUCCAUCACACCUGAAUACUUGUAAAUAGUAAAAUCUGGAUGUUCAGGUUUGGUAUUUUUGGUUUUACCUGAAAAGAUAAAUACAGAAGGGGUGUCAUAAAAUGAUGAAUUAUGGCUAGAAAAUUCUGUAUACCUGGGCUCAUCACUUAACAUGGAGGAAAAAAAAUGUUACAGUGGAACUGAAGAGAGUGUUGUAUUUGCAGGUGCUGACUCAAGUGUAGAUCAGGGCACUGAGAAGUCUCUUCCCAGUGAGGUUGCUGAGGGACUCUCCUUCCUAUCUGGCUCUACUGCUGGUUUUGUAAGCACUUUUCACCUGUGACAGUCAGGCCUCAAAUUGUGAAUGUCCUCUUACUGCCUUCCAGUGAAACAGACUCUUGAAAUGUCCUUAGCUUGUGCUUACUUGUAUAGUUCUUUUUACCAAGAGACUGCCUUGGUUGUGUUGGUCAAGAAAUGCACUGUAAUGCAGAAUGAGGCGUAUCUGAGAGCAAUUGCAUCACACUGUAUCAUCUUCUGCUAUGGAUGCAUGCCCAACUGUGGAAGAUAAAGGCUGGUGAUUAGAGAAGUGAGGGCUUAAACUUUCAAUGGGCUGAAGCAUUCAAAUGGAUUUUUACUCAAGUAAAAAUCAAAUGAAGGGGUUUAUUUAUGUAUGUAUGUGUACCAAAACUCAGCAAAUUUGAGGAAGCCUGCAUUGUAAUAAAGUUUAUUUUUAAUAUGUCA